AGAUGGAGAGACAGAUCUUUUAUCUGCUUGUUCACUUGCCAAAUGACUUUAAUAGCUAGGGCUGUGCCACCCAAAGGCAAGAACCUAGACUUCCCUCACAUAGGUGGCAGGUGCUAAAGGACUUGAGCCAUCCCUGCUGCCUCCCAGGAAAGGUGCAAGUUAGUGGGGAGCUGGAUGGGAAAUGGAGGCUGGAAGCUACUCCAGGGAAUAUGGGAUGCAGUUGUCGUCCUAGGCAGCAGCUUAACCUGCUGUAGCACAAUGCCCAGCCCAAGAAACACAUCUUAAGACAAACAGUUUUUGCAGUUAGAUCUUAAGAUUCAGGGUCAUGGAUAGAGAGACCCUCUGUAAAUUCCUCUGUAAAUUUUCUGCAAAAAGUCCUAAAUAAUAGUGUGUGCUUGCCUCAUGGAACAGUCACAGUUCACAGCUUGGCACCAUCCCUGGACCACACUUUGAGAAACAGUUAUUUUAGAGUGUGCAUGUAUUUGUGUACUGACACACACAUUGAAAUGUGUUAGCAUGGUUACAGUGCGAUACUACAUACAUCACUUAACCACUUUCUGUGGGAAUUGAAUGCCUUUAAAGGAGCUCUUUGGCCAAAGUGAGAUUUUUCUGAAAGUGAUUUAAAUGCUCAAAUGGUAUGCAAACACAAAUAGUGUAAUUGUGAACAGCCCUGGGUUUCAAAACCCAAUUGUCUGGUAACACUUCUGAUACAUAAAAGUAGAAAGGAUUUUGCAAAUUGAAUUAACUGCCUCCACUCAGAUUCACCCUCAAGUUUAAAUGAGCUCAGGUUCUUUGGAUAGGAAAUACCCUGUGCACAGUGGCUAUACAAAUGAACUGGUAGCGCUAAGCAGUAUGUGUGUCCCGUGUGGUGUCAGAUAAGCCAGUUGUUACCGUCAUCCUUGCCUCAGCACCUCAUUAUGGAACCUGUCUUGGGUCCUAGUGAUUGACAGCACUUUGUUAGUGUUUAUCAAAUCAGGGGGAGUGAGUCUUACAAGUACCUCCCCAGUCACCAUAAGCAUUUGCACAUCUCAAAUUGAUUCUGACAUUGAGAGUUGGCAGUUCAGCUGCCUCCUCGGAGACUGCCCUAUUGGAAACCAGUCUUUCUGGAUGGAAUUUGGGUGCACGGAUCCAUGACCUUGUGUGUCUACUUUGAGAAAUACUGCAGCUUGCUUUUAAUCCAGCACUGGAAGGAAGUUCUGUAAAGGCCUGUUCUGUCCAGCCUCGCUCCUAUAGAAUGAGACUCAAAAUCCCGGUGAAGAGAAGGUGUAGGAGGAGCUAGUCAGCGUCUUGAAGAUCAGGCUUCACUCACAAGGGCCUUCCCGCCGUGCGCAGCAGGGCCUCAGACAGGGGAGAUGUGGAGGGAUUUACGGAAGGAUUAAGUGCGGCAUGCUCCAUCGACUGGAGCAAUUCAGUAGCUAUGUGGCAUUUAGAAGGAGUACUGGGUAACUGCACAGCAGCUGCCUGUGAAGACACCAGAAAGAGUGGAUCACGUUGAGAUGAAGAUUAACACAUGUCUGUGUGUCCCGUGUGUUGUAGAGGGAUUAGAACCAUCGGACAAAGAGGGGCAACUCCGUUGAUGAAGUGGUUAGAAAGGACGGACUGUGAGGUGAAGGCUAAUACUUGAGACUGUUGUGUUUAGAACAGUCGGAGUCCAUGUGACCUUGGAGACAUUCUCUGGAAGGUGACGCCCAGCUGAAGACCAGUGCUCGCUAAGGCCAGAGCGAGAGAGGAUGCAGCCUGGGCUGUGAGCAGCAGAUAUAUGUUGGGUAAAGGAGGAAAACGUAAGUUUGAUGAGCAUGAAGAUGGGCUGGAAGGCAAAAUCGGCUCUCCCUCCGACGGUCCGUCCAAGGUGUCUUACACCUUACAGCGCCAGACUAUCUUCAACAUUUCCCUUAUGAAGCUCUACAGCCAGAGGCCCCUGACGGAGCCCAGCCUGCAAAAGACCGUGCUCAUUAACAACAUGCUCAGGCGCAUCCAGGAGGAACUGAAGCAGGAGGGCAGCCUGCGGCCCGCCUUGGGGCCCGCCGCACCGGCCGCCGCCUCCCCGCCGGGCGACAGCCUGGGCGACGCGCUGGACCCUGCGCACCCCUGCGAGCCCGGAAGCACUACGCCCCUGGAGGCCUGCCUCACGCCCGCCUCGCUGCUCGAGGAGGACGACGACACCUUUUGCACUUCCCCCGGGCCGCCCGCGGCUCCCGCCAGACUCUCCCCUGUAGCCCUCCUCCCGCCAGCGCCGCUGGAGAAGGACAGCUUUUCCUCGGCCUUGGACGAGAUCGAGGAGCUCUGUCCCACAUCUACCUCCACAGAGGCCGCCGUGGCCGCCGGCUCCACGGGGACCUCCAGCGAGGCCGCCGGCCCGAAAGGCGCCGAGGGUGACUCAAAACUCAUGGACUCUCUGCCUGGGAACUUUGAAAUCACCACAUCCACGGGUUUCCUGACAGACUUGACCCUGGACGACAUCCUGUUCGCCGACAUUGACACGUCCAUGUAUGAUUUUGACCCCUGCACUUCUGCUGCGGGGACAGCCUCGAAAAUGGCCCCCGUGUCAGCAGACGACCUCCUCAAGACCCUGGCUCCUUACAGCAGCCAGCCCGUCACCCCGAGUCAGCCUUUCAAGAUGGACCUCACGGAGCUGGACCACAUCAUGGAGGUGCUGGUGGGGUCCUAAGAGCGGGAUGCCCCCCAACCCCCAGGAGCGUUCCUUGCAGCCCUGACUGUUCUCCACACUGUGCAUGCACCCUUGCUUGCCUUCUUCAGAAGAAAGGAACGUGUCAGGAGAGGAUCACACUAGUUUUUGCUUUGAGCAGAGUUGGAGUGCCUUCAUCCCAGUAUGACCACUUUUCAAUCCACCCGUCCCCAGUGGUUCCUGAGCCCUCCCGUGUGGGGGAGGGGACAGCAUUGCUAUGUCGAAUGGCAGAAAUAACAAGUUCAAGGGAAGCACAAGGAUUAAGUCGGAAAAGCUGUAAAUUGCAUGUGCAUAUUUGUCUAUUUUUUCUAUAAGUUUUAUUGCAAGACGUGAAGAUGAAAAUAUAUAUAUAUAUAAUUUAGAUGAUCUCGGUCCCUUUUCUGGCAUUUUUUGCCCUGUAUAGGUUGACUUGGCAAUUCAGCCUUUUUAGAGGCAUUAACUACUCCUUGUUAAGUGUUGCAUUUACAUGGCUGUUUAGAAAACUGCUAUCCAAAUUUAUUUUAUAUUUUUGUACAGAUUCUGCAGUUUAUGAUAUUGUUUUUCUAAAAACAAAUGCUGUUUAUACAAUGAGAUAGCUAUUUUGAUAGGAUUUGCUCACAUAGUUCCUGCAAACUUCAGAUGUACAAGUGGCACUUGUACUUUUAUAGAGCUGUAACGUUUUCUAUAUGUGUAUGGUGCAAGGGAAAAGUGGAUCAAAUCAAUCUGCAACUGAUGUCCCCCAACACAGACACACACACACACACACACACACACACACACACACACACACACACACACAGAGCGCUUUAAUGACGGGCCAGGUGACAUCACACCCAAAGUUCUGACUUCUCCCUGCCGUGGACACCCGCCAGUACUGUGACUUCCAGAGCCAGAGCGUCAUCUGCUCCUCAGACUUGCACGGAGCACUUGGCGGGAGGGGCCGUGGAGCCCGGGCCUGAGGGGAUGGUUCCUUCAGCCCCCUCUUCCCAGGGGAAGGCUGCCUGCCCUCUUUUCUUAAGCGUGUCUUUAUGCCAAGUUUGUGCUUUUAAAUGUUUUUCUUUUUUAAUGAAAACCCAAGUCUUUCCUUUUUGGCAUAAUUUGUAUGAUGACCUGCGAUUUUACAUCUGAACAAAAUUUUCUGAAAAGCAACCAACCUCUUCAUAGGAACUAAGCCCUCUCGCAGUGCUUAGGCCUCUGCCAGAAGAUCUCCCUCGAGGGCCUCCGUCCUGUUGCUAGAUUGUCUCUUCCAGCUUCCCCUUCCCACCCCGGAGCUUCUGUUCCCUCUGUUGCUAAGAGCCGAGAACUGCUUGUCAGAAGAUCACCACCGUGAGCGCCACUGGCCUCAGCCAGCCAGAGGGGACGCACUCCCGGGACACCCAUGAGACUCUGAACCUGGAGAUCGUCGCCGGACACCAUGGCUUCCCCUUGGGUUGCUGUCCGUCUUAACCCAGCUGCUAAUGUCACUACACUUUACAAGGCUGUUUGACCCAAAUACACAGACAGGACUUUCUAUGCAUGUCUCCCCUCUGCCGCCUACCGCCGGACACACUUAAGACAUAGCUUUUCCUCCCUCACGGUGUGCGUUUAAUUUGAAGCCGUUUCCGGUGUAUCAUGCUUGGUGUCAACGUCAUGGCCUUUCCUUUCAGUUGUUUCUGUCUUCCAAUGGUACUUCGGCCGUUGAGUGCAGGUUACAACCUAUAUCGUCAUGAGGAUGGCUUCUUCUUCUUCUUUAGGAAUAACUUUUAUAUUUAUUUAAAAGUGUUUAAAUUAUGGGAUUUUGUUGUUGUUGUUGUUGUCAUUGUCCUUGUCGUUGUUCAUUUGUCAAUAUUCAGUCUCCUUUUCUGCUCGCUUCUUGCCAUGGAUAAAACUAGGUCAUUCUGGCCAAUUAAAAAAAGACAACUUUACCAAAAAAUGGCACUUUAAGCAAGCCAUAAACAGUUUUAUUUUUAUAAUGCACAUGGCAAAGCAAAUUUGUGAUGAAGGAACUGUUCAUGUAGGCAAGGGCUGCCUGUAUGAUAGGAUUAAAUUUUCCUGCAUUCUAAUGUACUUUUUUUCCACACUUGAAUGUGUUUUAAAGGCUAAUUAUCAACUCAGCAGAGCAGUGAGAAACUGAUCAAAUUGCACUUGUUCUCCUAUAAACAACCUCUGUGCAGACACCUCUUAACUACUAUACGGUGUCAUUUCCUUUGAGAGAACAGCCUAGCAUAUAAUUAAGAUGAAGGUUGUCACUGUGUUUUGUGGAGAACAAGUCUGCCCAGACUCCCUCCACGCUUCCCUAACUGCAGGACCCUGCAGACUGGCCGCAUGCUGCCACCCCCCAGUGCCACCUCAUCUCCAUUCGCAGGCAAGGGUAUUGAUUAUUCUGGACAAUAACAGAGUAAAGUAGUUGACUUGCCAUUGUUAAAAACUGAUUUACAGUAACUUAGAACAACUGUACUUUUGUUGGAUUAGUAAAUCAUGUUUUUAAACGGAUCCCGUAUGUUGGGCGACAGUUCAGAUAAACCCAGGGAGAGGGAUUGCCCAAACUUGAUUCUCUGACUUUAAUGUUUUGGGGAGUCUGGGCUUCAAAAUCAACCCCCACCCCCCCCAAACACACACACACUGCCCCCAGCAAGAACAGACAGCUGCUGUGUAACUGACAGCCUUGCCCGAGAUCCUUGAUAUUCACUAGUCUUCAGAAGAAGUGGGCAGUCAGUGGCCCAUGUUCACCAAGAGCAAAAGCAUCAGGGAUUCAAAUUCUCCCUGUCCUAUCUCCAGGAGGUGGUGGGCAUCCCAUCAGGGAAGCGGAGGAGCCGGAGUGGAGGUGGCAGGCCCAGUUGGAGUGUGGUGUGUGCUUCUGGAUGCCACCUGGCAGCAGUGCCUUUCCCUUUAUAGAAGACAUCGUGUGGCAUCCAGGGCCAGGCAGGCAGCGCGAGGUGCCUUUCUGAGGAAGACACGCUGGCUGGGGCUGGGGGAGGGCAGACAGUGAUGUGCAAUGAAAUGACAAGAUGAGAGCAGAAUCAUAAGAGCUUUGAAUUUGAAGUGAUUUUAACCCCCGUAAGUUAUUUAUUCCUUUGUUCUGUGUAAAUAUAUUUAUUUUACUGUGGAGCGCUAACAACAUCUGGAUCAUAACAUGUGCAGAAUGUAUGGUAGGAAUGUAUUCUGUAGGAAUGUAAAUCUGUAUCACCAGGGGGUCCGAACUGGGACUCCUAGGUCUUCUCAUCGUGUGCACAGUCCACGUUCACUUUUACUCUCUUCUCUAAUAUGGGUCUAUUUGAAAUAUGCAAAAGGUAUGGAUGAGGAAUGUUCUAAUACCUCCAAAAUUUUUUUUAAAAAAAUCAAGUAUCAAAGGUUUGAUAUUUUUAAAAGGUCUUUUUAGCCGCACUUUCUCUUGAUGACAGAAGAGGCAACCACAUGGGCACCCUCAUUCAUACCAAAGGAUGAGGAAUGGCCCAGAGCCGCCUGCACGCCUCUCGCGCAUGUACCAAUUGAGCUUUCAAUUAACCAUAGCCCCUCAGAGUGCCCCAACUGCCCUGAGGGCAAUCAAGGAGAAUUUCUUUACUAAAUAAGCUCCAAAGAGCCAAAGUAUCAACUUACAGGUGGUUUUUAAAACUUAAAGUUAUUAACCACCCUUGCGGUAAACAAAUGAAUUAUGAAUACCGCAAGGCAGCCUUCUUAACUUAAGUGACAUGUUAAAAAGAGAGCAACUCAGCUCUGUGCAGCGAUUGUUACUUUACUAUGACUUGUCUUAAUUCAAAACCUUUCUGUUACAAAUUGGACCUUUAUGCAUUUUUAGAAAAAGUAUGUCUGAACCUGUUCUGGCUAUUAUAAAUGGUUAGCGGCCUGUACUGCCCUUCAACAGGACAACUGCAAGGCAUACGUGUCCUAUUUAUGUACAUUGUUUUUGAUGCUCCUGAGAGUAGGUCUCUAUGGUUCUUGAACAUUCAGCCAGGAUCAAUUGCUAUUGCAGACAAAGCCACUUAUCAUUUUGGACUUCUUGGGGAUCACAAGUUAGGAAGAGAAGUGCAGUCCAUGUGUGCUAAUGACCUAGAUUUCCAAACAGAACAUGUACAUAGUGACACAUGUGGUGCAUGGUUUUUGAGAAGGGUGUUUGUUAAAAAGGAGGUAUAACCUUUUCCCCCCCACAGACCUGAGAGCUGUGCCUUUUCUAUGCAAUAUUACAGAUGUUACAUCGGAACCCAGGUGGCUGUCUUCAUGUGUAGGUUUGGGCUGUAAUCUAAACAAUUGGGCAGAUUAAAUGUACAUGGAAAUGAGCAGUCUUACUUUUGUAGUUUUAUAUUAUACAAUAAACAGUUAAAAGAUAAGAGGUGUGCCCACAGCUUUCUUUGUGCCUCACUGCUUCACUCGGCCUCUGCUGGGUGACUCCCAGGCGCCUCUGCAGCACUCGGUGUUACGGUUCCCAGACCUUGGUCUCCUGGUUCUCCCCAUGCUGCCUGCACCUCCUGUUUCUGUCUUCUGUGCCCCAGCUCCCUCGGACUGUUGCUUUUCCAGGGUUUGGCCCAUUUCCAGCUCUUCCCCGAGUCUCUGGUCCUGCCUGCUUUCCUGAGAUGCUCAAAUCUCAGGUUGUACAAAACUCAGUUCCACCCCUGCCUCUCCUGAGCUGCAUGCGGACCUCAGCAUCUGCCUAGAUUAGCCAUCUCCUGCUUGACCUUUCUGAGCCUUUCCCCAAUGGGGACUUGCCCUUC